GCGAUGCGUAUGCAGACGUGGUGAUAAAGGCUCACGCCGUCGAACAGUACGACAUGUACACGACCUUGCAUCCGCUGGUGCGUUUCGCUUCCUACAUUGAUGACACAGCGCUUGGCGUCAACAGCAGUUGCAAGCAGAGGGUGAUUGACCAGGCGGUGGAUGCGACAAAAGGCUUCUUCAAGGUUGCACGGGCACUAGGGGCCAGCAUCAACGAGAAGCUUGCCAUCAUUGCGAGCACCAAAGCUAUAAGUGAUGAAGUCAGUCGCCGACUUCACCUUGAUUUGAAGAUCAGCUUGAAGAGCACGGCGUAUCUGGGCACUGACGUUUCUGGAGGCAGGGCUCGGAAUGUCAAAGGUACGCGCGGGAAGUUUCGGGCAAGACAGAAUGCGCAUGGCAGAAGGCUGAGGAAGCUACGGAAGUUCAAGAAGGUGCUCGCUGGCAAAAAGACGGAGAGAAUUGGGAAGAUCUACCGUGUUGGUGCGAGGCCUGCAUACACGUUCGGGGUGGAGGUCAACGGGGUCAACGACGUGGAGCUAUUGCAGUUACGGCGGGAGUACAACAAGCACGUUAAGCCCAGCCACGGCGGCACCUCCGCGAGCGCGAAGCUGGUGCUGCUAGGCCUGAUACCGCAGCUGUUCCACUUGAAUUGCUGGAAGCUUGGUGGAGAAGGGCAGUUACCGAACCUGGAGAAGUCAAGCAGUGGAGUAAAACACGUGGUCCCCUUCAGCGUGCAGCACUCUCAGUACAACGAGCUGGGCCUAGCAGUGCAGCAUGAGAAGGCACUUGCGGAGAAGUGGGACAUGCAGCCUUACACACGAGUCACCUUCGAUAUCCUUCGGCGACACGUCAAGUCCAGGAAGUUCAACAAAUACCAGAAAUUCUGUAUCAUGAACUGCGCAUGUGAUGGAGUAUGGACACGUCAAAAAGCGAAGGAGAAAGGAUACCGAACGGACGGCAAGUGCGAGUGUGGGGACGAGGACACGUUGGUGCAUAGGCUGGCGGAGUGCACUCGUCCAGAAGUCGUGGAAGCACGACAUGAAGCUGGAAUCCCCGAGUCGUUCCUUCAGGAGCUACGCCAAGCGCCAGAUGAUCGCGUCGUCACCCAAGGGGCUUUCGCAUAUCCUGAGUGGGAAAUUCCUGAAAUGCAACUAGGCACUGGCAGCGUGAUUCUCGACGGUGAUGGCAACGAUUUCGAUUGCACGCCCGAGACCAUGGCUGCGACAGUGCUGGCUGAGACGGAUUUGGAGAUGGAGCUUUCUUUCGACGGGAGCUGCACGAAGCCAGAUAUCCUGGAGCUACAACGUGCUGGAUGGGCUAUCGCUUUAAUGGAUCCACAUUCGGACAAAGUACUAUGCACGAUGCACGCACCAGUGCCAGCUUCGCUUCCGCAAUCCUCGGCGAUGGCAGAGUAUUUAGCCUACGCGUACACGGGACAGGUGGCAGACCGACCUACCAACGGAUACGCGGACUUCAUGGGCACGGUCAGACUGGCGGCUCUCACGCACGAGCAGCAGUUACGGUCCAAGUCGGCAUACGCGUGCGUGGCCAUGUUUGCUCAGAGCCUUCCUGGAUUCCAUUUCCUCCGCAGUGUGACGCACGUGAAGGCACACCGUUCGGGAGCGGAGUAUGCUGGCCUCGAUGUGGCCACAAGGAGGAUCACAGAUGCCAAUGUCUAUGCGGACGUUCGAGCCAAAGCUGGUGCGGCGAUGCAUGCAACCAUCAGCGAGGAUUUCGCGAUGGCUAUCGACACGGCCACUGUGAGGAUCAAACAUUUCGCGCAGUUGGUAGCGGCCGUGCUACCCUUGUUUGAUCGUGAUGGGCAAGAGCGAUGGACAAGGCGAGCUGCCCAAGUCAAGAGGGUAAGGAGUACGCGCACCGAUGGAUGGCACCAGUGGGAGGAAGGAAGCUUCGAUCUUCAAUGCAAGGCGUGCUUGAAGCUCAACAGCCCAGGGAUGGAAGUUAUGCUCAAUGGCUGCGCUGGCACCCCUACCUUCCUCAAGGCUUUCCUCAACCAACCACUCGGACAUCACCUCGUGGCGGUGAACCAGAAGGGUGACGGGCUCAGCGACGACGCGGUGCCCACGGUCUUUGUCUGCGUAGGCUGCGGUGCAUGGGCACAACAACGUCGACGGCAGAAACUCCGAAGGCAGUGCAAGCCACCAACCAGACAAGGCAUAGAAGUUCUGACGAAUCUACGGCGGGGCUUAGGCCCACACAAGACGCUGGCGAGGCACAUGGACUUGACGAUCCCCCUGUGCAAGCUCAUGCCCAUGACCCUGCCCCCGCUGGUCUCGAAGACCUGCGUCAGCCGACCUGUGGCGUUGGCGGAGGUCACGGGGUACGAGCACAAGAUGGCCGCAAUGAUGGAAAGGCACAUCAGUGUCGCCAAGACAAUGGAAUACCCCCCGUGGUACAACAGCAUGGCAAUCACCUACCCGCAGCCGCUGAAGACGGAGUCGGUGAUGAUGACGGUGCACGCUGCAGCCAAGACGGAAAGGAGGCAGGAGCAGGGCCUCAUCCGAGCAGCGAAGGUGGAAAGGAGGCAGGAGCAGGGCCUCAACCACAUGACGGAGACGUCGGUCUCGCCAGGGACCGCGUCGGAAAGGGGGCAGGAGCAGGGCCCCAGCCGAGCGGUCGCGGCGGAAAGGAGGCAGGAGCAGGGCCUCAACCGCAUGAUGGAG